AUGGUAUUGUCACUCAAAACUAGCCUGGUGCUGCAUCUGCAGGCGUUCUUCCUUCUCUUCAGCCCAACAUCAUGUACAACGCACGCGGCCGAGCUUGAAGCAACCGGCCAUGCAAGUCUGCACCAAGUGCAGCACAAUCAGGGCAAGAGGCACGCGGAUGGGCUGCAACCCCAGAUGCUCCGCCGGGAAGAUGUGGGCUCUGCAUCCAGAGAAGCGAGCUAUCACGUGACUUCAGACGGGCGGCAUGCGUGGCAAGGCUUUGGGGACGCGGCCUUUGUUCAGCAAAGUCGCCGGGCUCAUCGAGACGUGAAUGGGACGCACACAGUGGAAGUUGAGGAUGGUGCGGUCGACACAGCCACCGAUGUUGUGAACGAGCUGUCGGCAUCAACUGGAGAACCCACAGAAUCAGAGCCAGAGCCAGAAAGAGUAGACAGGAGAAAUGCCACGGGGAUUCAUGGCCCUGCAGGCAGACCCGCUCUGGUCUUUGCAGGCAUGUACGGCAGCGCAGGACCAGCCGGGCCACGUGGAGCGACUGGCCCUGCGGGGGUCCUGGGGCCACGAGGCCCAGCUGGGGCAUCCGUUGUUGGCCCUGCCGGAGCCCCUGGAAUUGCCGGCAGCCCCGGGUCGAAAGGCAAGCUCGGCGCACUUGGCCUGAAAGGUGUCCAGGGCCACGCUGGGACUCCCGGAGGGCCGCCGCCGGAGCUGGACAAGUGGACCAAACUGCUGGAUUACUACACCGAGAUGAUCUACCGAAUGGAAAGUGCGGCCUCCACACACGUCCGAGGCUUCAAGCGUGAAGCAUCAAUGCUGCAGCAGCGGACCGCCCUCUUCAAAGCACGGACGGACAGCCUGAACAAUCGUUCUGCUGAGCUGCACCGCUACAUGGUAGACAACUACAAGCGCAUGGUGAAAUCCGUAAGCUCAGCACGAGAAGUGGAUGGCUUCGUUGAGGGGAUGCCUUUGGCAACAUCGCUGUCUGCAUUGCAUGAGGCACAGCAGCUGUACCCGGCCUACCUCGGGACGCAACGAGUUGCCAGAACCAUGCAUGCAGCAGCAGCACUUCGGCAGCAGCAGCUGCAGCAGCAGCAACAGCAGCUCCAGCAGCUGCAGCAUCAGCAAUGGCAACAUCAGCACUACCAGAAUCACCAGCUGUACGAGAACUCGCAGGGAUCGUCGUCGAGGCAUUCCAAAAGUGCUGCGUUGAAAGACUCCCCGAGCCUCCUGCUGUUGGCAGUGGGCAUCAUUGUGACAGUGUACCUUUGA